GCCUAAUCAUGGUGUUCCGCCUCCAGGAGUUACUUCUGCGCCGCCGCAACAAAUUCCAAUGAUGCCUGGACAACCGACUCUUCGACCGCCUUUUGUGGCUAUGCCUAAUGGUUAUAUGCAACCUCCUAAUCUUCCUCCCGGUAGGCAGGAUGAUUUGCUAAAUCUGAAUAACAAAAAAAGAACCUUUCUAACAGUAGAAGAGGUUAUUGACUUGCUUUUGUACGGGAAGAGUUUGGUUUAGAGAAGAUUGGAGAACAUACUACAAAUUAAUAUUAGCUAGAUGACGGGGGGUAACGAUAAUGGGAUGUUUUCUCCUACAGUGUUUUGAUUGAAUACGGUGAAAAGGGUCAGAAGGCUUCCUAUUGCAGUUGUUUACAGAAUCCCGCAACCUCCUACUUUGGUAUGGACAUAUCUGUAAUUUACUCAGUUUUGCCAUUUUAUAUAUCCCAGCUGGAGAAUAUUUCAAAACAUCUUAUAUUUAGCUAAGCCUCUAAACUGUAAAUGGAACAAUACUCCAAUGUUCUCUGUCAUGAUAUUUAUUGGCUGGUUCUGUAAUGCCACUUUAGUAGGAUUUUGUGGUAGUGUAAGGAUUUUUUUCCCUUCAUGGGUCCUUGAGUUCCUGGAGAAGAUCAUGAGGCUUGCUGAAUUCUUGGUGCUUUUGUUUGGCAAGGUAUCAUUAUCCACUUAACAUUGUCUUAAUUUCUCUUUGCAUUCCUUUCUGUCUUUUGUUUUUGUUUAUUUUCACAAUGUAUAUUGGGCAAUCAACAGUUGACCCUUGACAUAUCAAAGGUUGUUCGAAUAGAUUUAUGGUAUUAUCCAUCAACUUUCUUGGGUGUAAUUGAGACAAUAUAUACUCAUUAGCAUAUACUGUUAGUUGGUGCAUUGGCUAUUAUGCAAGGCUAUUGUUGCAACUGGAUAUUUAAGAAGGUAAGCAUGUUUAGUGACUAGUUGUUUAUGAAACUUGUAUAAUUAUUUAAUCUUCAUCAGGUGUUCUCAGCUGGUCAUAGUUGCUCUGCUAUGCUGCCAUAUCUCUUAUUAUGAUGUGUGGUAACAGAAACUUUUAAAUUUGUGGAAAUAUUUUUGCCUUUGUUUAUAAAGUGAUAUUCUAUAGAAUAUGUCAUGUUCAUUGUGAAUCUACUCUGAUAUGUUCGCAUAGAUGUUGCUUUUUAUGUGAUACUGCAGGAAUGGUUCGUUAUCCUUAUCCGUCGAUUGUGCGUCCGCCUUAUAUUGCUCGUCCUGGUGUCUCCGUUGGCUCAGUUCCCCCACUUCCAAGGCCUCCUUUUGUGGGACUUCGUCCCCCUGUGAUUUCUCCAGUUGUCAGGCCUCCUGUUCUUCCUUUAGUUGUUAUACCUGCUGAGAAACCCCAAACAACUGUUUAUGUAGGCAAGAUUGCUUCUUCAGUGGAGAAUGAUUUUAUUCGUUCGCUACUUGAGUUAUGUGGACCGAUUAAGAGUUGGAAGCGUGCUCAGGAUCCGUCUGAUGGAACCCCAAGAAGAUUUGGAUUCUGUGAAUUUGAGUCUGCUGAAGGUGUUCUUCGUGCUCUACGUCUGCUGAGUAAAUGCAAUGUUGAUGGUGAAGAACUGGUGCUGAAUGUUAAUCAAGCAACAAGAGAAUAUUUAGAACGUUACGUGCAGAAGAAGAAAGAGAAUUUGAAUAAACCUGGUGAGACUGGAGCUGAGGAGGUGAAGAAAGAAGGAGAUAGUGCACCUGAUACCGAAAAGAGUGAAGGCAAUGAAAAGAAAGAGCCUGCUGAAGCAGCUGUGGAAGAUUCCAAGAAGGUUUUGAUUGAGACUGAAAACAAGGAAAAUGAUAUUGCGAAUUUUGGUCUUGUUUCUGACGAGGAUCGUAUUGCUGAUCGAGAUGCUUUGGAUAAGCUCACUAAUAUGAUAGAAGAACGCAUAAAGACUAAGCCUCCACCUCCUCCUCCUCCACCAGCGCAGAAGGUUACUGAUGGCCCGACUAACUCAAACUCUGAAAUGCCUGCUAAAUCUGAAGACAAGGACACAAAUAUUGAUGCUUCAAAAAAUGAAGAAAAGCACGACGAUGGGUUGAAAAGUGAUACUAAACCUAUUAACAGAGCCGGAACUGAAUCCCCUGAUAGGAGUAGACGAUAUGAUAAUCGUAUCCGAGAAAGGGAAAGAGACCGUGAGCGACGGGAGAGGGAGAGAGAGCUUGAGAGAUUAGAGAGAGAACGAGAGCGUGAAAGGGAAAGGAGAGGGAGGGAGAGAGAGUUAGAGAUUCAAAAGGUUGAACGGUUCUACAAAGAGCGAGUUAAGGAAUGGGAGGCUAGAGAAAAGGAGAAAGAGUAUGAGCGAAAGCGUGAAAGGGAGAAGGAGAAAGAGAGGGAACGUGAACGGAGGAGGUUGAUUGCUGAGCAAGAGGACGAAAGUGAUGAUGAUUCUAGGAAAAGGAGACGCAAGUCUGAAAUUGAGGAUAAGAGGAGGCGACGACGUAGGGAAAAGGAAGAGGAUUUAGCUGAUAGAUUCAAAGAAGAAGAGGAGCUUGUGGAGGCCAAAAAAAGAGCUGAGGAGGAGCAGCUGAGGCAACAAGAAAAAGAGGCAUUGGAGUUGUCUUCUGUUCCAGCGGCUAAUGGUGUUGGGAAGCCUGUCUGUCCUGAAGCUGCUGACAGUGAGAUGAAUGAUGACAUGGAACCAAGUCAUGAGACUGAUUCUGUUCCUGCAAAUCAUACUGGAGAUGGGGCUGUUGAAAAUGGCAGUACUGAUGAACCAAUGAUGGAAUCUGGCUCAGUUCCAGAUGUGAAGCUUACAGGCAAUGCACCUGGCAAAAAGCUUGAAUUUGGUUUGGUUGGCUCAGGGAAACGAACAACUGUGCCGUCUGUCUUUCAUGAGGAAGAGGAUGAUGAUUCCCAAAAAGAAAAGAAAAUGAGGCCUCUUGUUCCGAUUGAUUACAGUACCGAGGAACUCCAAGCUGUACAGACAAAUGAUGGAGAGGCACCUCCAAUUUCUGUUGCAUCUGAUGAUACAGGUAAGCGUAUUAUCUCUAAAGAUGUAAAGUCCGAUGCAGAAAGGAAUAGGAAUCGACGUCAGCAUGAUAGACCUAGCCAUCGAGAGCGUGAUCAUGAACGUGGUGAUGAUGAGGCACCUCGAGCUCGAGAAAUUUUGGAUGCUAAAAAAUUGAUUGAUAUGAUUCCGAAGACUAAAGAUGACUUGUUUUCGUAUGAAGUUAAUUGGGCUGUAUAUGAUGAGAAUCGUUUGCAUGAAAGAAUGAGACCCUGGAUUUCGAAGAAGAUUACAGAGUUUCUGGGAGAAGAAGAAACCACAUUGGUCGACUUCAUAGUAGAGAGAUUCCGGGAACACGUGAAGGCUGAGAAAAUGCUGGACGUACUUCAACGGAUCUUAGAUGAGGAAGCGGAAAUGUUUGUCCUCAAGAUGUGGAGAAUGCUCAUCUUUGAAAUUAAAAAGGUCGAGACGGGUUUGACAGCAAGAUCUUAGCGUAGAGGAAAAGUUUUGAACCUUGUUACUUUUAUCACUGUUAUAAAUGUACCCAAGUAAAAAGAUUUGUAGGGAAAUUUGAUGUUUAAGUUCAAUUCUUUUUUGUCAAAUGAAUUUUUUGUCUUGCAUAGUUUUUACUUAUCAUUUAAAUGAAAUCUAGUUUCAUCA